AUGGAUCUCAAAGUGGUCUGUGUGCUCUCUGUCACCCUCAUCAUAGCUCUCAGCACCUUGGCAGAGGGAGCUGCACCACCAACAAGAUGCCAGUGUAAACUGUCCCCCAAGGAGAGGAAAAACUGUGGCUACCCAGGAAUCUCAGCAGCACAGUGCAAGAAAAUUGGAUGCUGCUUCAACGCUUCAGCCCCUGGUGUUCCCUGGUGCUUUACUCCUAAACCAAAGAAAGUUAAGAAAAUGUGUCCCAACGAUCCUUACUCCAGGAUAAACUGUGGCCACCCCGGAAUCACAGCUAGGGACUGCACAAGGAAGGGUUGCUGCUUCAAGGCACAUCCUGCUGGUGUCCCCUGGUGCUUCUACCACCGCGUUGUGGAGGAAGGCUAG